GGUCAAGUGUGUCUACUGAGAACUGACUUCAGUCAUGGCAGAUGCUUUGUCCUUCCUGGAAGAGGAUUUCACAUGUCUCAUCUGUUGUGAUGUCUUCACCGAUCCGGUCACUUUGAAAUGUAGCCACAGUUUGUGUGAGGAAUGUCUCCAGCGUUUCUGGACGACUCAGGACGUGCCGCAGUGUCCGGUCUGUCGGAAGGAAUGCUCUCACGACGAGCCCACCAAGAGCCUGGCGUUCAGAGCGCUCUGUGAGUCCUUCAAGAAGAGAAAACCCUCAGCUGUUUCAGGAGACGUUUGUCCAGAACAUGAAGAAAAGUUCAAACUCUUCUGCUUUGUGGACAAGCUGCCCAUCUGUGUGGUCUGUUACACAUCAAAGAAGCACGAAGAUCACAAGUGUUCUCCUGUCAACGAGGCUGCUGGGAAUUUAAAGGAGGAUCUCAAGACACAAAUGGACAGACUGCAGGUGACACUCGAUGACCUCAAGGAAGCCCAUGAGAGCUGUGUCGAACGGGCUGAGCUCAGUAAGGAACACACCAAUAUGGAUGAAAACCAAAUCAAGAAGGAAUUUGAGAAGCUCCAUCAGUUUCUUAAAGACGAGGAGGAGAAACAGAUCAGAUCCUUGCAUAAAGAAAUGAAACUUCAAGAUGAGAAACUCCAGGCCAGAAUGAAGGAGCUCUCCGCACAGAUAUCAGAUCUGUCUGAGAGGAUGGCAGCCGUCUGGCAGGACAUAGAAGCUGAAAACAUCACAUUUCUCCAGAAUUACAGCAACACCGUAAAAAGACUCCAACACCCAUCAGUAGCAAACACAACCCCUGAACUACAAGAAUAUCAGCACUAUCCCAUUCAGACAGUGAUCUUCGCCACAUGGGCCAGAAUGCAGAACCUUGUGGAACAGCCUCCUGUGACUCUGGACCCAGACACAUCCUCCAGUAAACUGCUGGUGUCACAGGACUGCACCAGUGUUCAGUACGUAGAAAUGAAUCUGCAUGUGUCUGAUAACCCAAAAAGGCUACAUGACGGGGUGCUGGCCUCACAGGGCUUCAGCUCAGGUGUGCACUGCUGGGACGUAGAGGUGGGUGAUAACAACAACUGGACACUGGGAGUGAUGGGGGAAACGGUGAACCGCAAAAAACUUUGUAAAAUGAAUGCAAAAAAUCGCUUUUGGUGUUUUCGUAAUGUGGAUGGUAAAUACAAGAAAGGUAAAAAACCUGUCAGUGAUAUUGAUAGCAAUGAAAGGCCAAAUAUCAUCCGACUGGAGCUGGACUUUGACAAAGGAGAGCUGAGAUUCAUCGACCCUUCCAGAAACAGAAGUCUGUGCACCUACACUGGUGGAUUUCCAGAGAAAGUGUUCCCAUAUUUCUGUACUGGAGAUGCGGACACACCACUGAGUCUUUUCCCAGCAAAUACACUAAACGUCUAAAAACCAAAACUAACAUGACAUUUUAUUUUACACAUGAUAAAAUAAGUGAAUGCUGAACACCAUAAAUAGCCUUGUGCACAAGUUUUGUGCAUUUGUCCAUCUUUCUUUAAAGCAAAAAGGCAUUUGAUUUUUUUUUUCUUUAACUGAAAUGACCAUCAUAAAUUUAGUAUGGCUUAAGUGUCCAAAUACUUUUUUGGAGCCACUGUAUGUCCAGCAAUGUGAUUAUUUAAUCAUGCAAUGUUUCAGUACAAAUGAUGAUGCAUUAAUAAGGCAGAUUUUAAUGUGAUUAUCAAUGUAAAAA